AAAAAUGCAACCAGUUGAGGUAAAACGCACCGUAUCAGGCUCUCCACUACAUCAUCACCCUCGUCUUCGCUUACGAGCUCCAUUUUCCUGCUUCUGUUUGAGCUGUGUUUCAGUCCUCUCCAUUUAGAUCUGCGCUUCCGAAUUUCAGAUCGCGUUCCGAUUCAAUUUGAGACAAUAAUCACUUCCGUCAUUUCAAAGAUCGAACGCAAACAUGGUUGUACUUGCUGCAUCCAUUGUGGGCAAAUCUGGUAAAGUUCUGGUUUCUAGGCAGUUUGUCGAUAUGUCUCGUAUAAGGAUUGAGGGCCUUCUGGCAGCUUUUCCGAAAUUGAUUGGCACUGGAAAACAGCACACUUAUGUUGAGACCGAGAAUGUGCGCUAUGUUUACCAGCCAAUAGAAGCACUCUAUCUACUUCUUGUGACAAACAAACAAAGCAACAUACUGGAAGAUUUAGAAACUCUGAGACUUCUCUCCAAACUUGUGCCUGAGUAUUCUUAUUCCCUCGAUGAGGAAGGUAUUUGCAAAAAUGCAUUUGAGCUGAUUUUUGCCUUUGAUGAAGUCAUCUCUCUUGGCCACAAGGAGAAUGUCACUGUUGCACAAGUUAAGCAAUACUGUGAGAUGGAGAGUCACGAAGAGAAACUACACAAGCUGGUUAUGCAGAGCAAGAUUAAUGAAACAAAGGAUGUUAUGAAGCGUAAAGCUAGUGAGAUUGAUAAGAGCAAGAUUGAAAAGAACAGAGGUGAUAAAGGUGGAUUUGGCCCAUUACAGUCUAUGGGCUCGGGAAGAAUUGAAAGUGGCUUUAAUGAUUUGAGCAUAUCUAGCAGUGGAACUGGUUUUGGAAGUGGCUCAGGUUUUGGAAUGACUACUGACAUUGAUUCCUUUUCUACAAAGUCUAAAGGCCGUCCAACUUCGGCUGCCACUGCUCCUCCCAAGGGUCUUGGAAUGAAGCUUGGUAAAUCACAAAGGACAAAUCAAUUUUUAGAAUCAUUGAAAGCAGAAGGUGAGGUCAUUGUUGAAGAUGUUCAGCCAAAAGUUGGUCCGUCUCGGGCAGCUGCCGCACCACUUACUGAUCCCAUCACACUAACUGUUGAGGAGAAACUAAACGUGACUCUAAAACGAGAUGGUGGAGUAAGUAAUUUUGAUGUUCAAGGAACAUUAUCGCUUCAAAUUCUUAACCAAGAGGAUGCACAUAUUCAAGUUCAGGUCCAAACUGGUGAAAAUCAAGCCAUCUCCUUCAAGACACAUCCUAACAUGAACAAAGAUUUAUUUGCCAAUGAAAAUAUCCUAGGGUUAAAAGAUCCCAAUAGGCCUUUCCCCACUGGUCAAGGCAGUGAAGCUGGUGUUGGCCUCCUAAAGUGGAGAAUGCAAAGCACUGAUGAAUCAAUGGUGCCUCUGACAAUAAACUGCUGGCCCUCAUCUUCUGGAAAUGAAACUUACGUCAGCAUUGAAUACGAAGCUUCAUCAAUGUUUGAGCUGCGGAACGUAGUGGUCUCGGUACCUCUACCUGCACUUAGAGAAGCACCAACUGUUAACCAGAUUGAUGGUGAAUGGAGGUAUGACUCUAGGAAUUCUAUUUUGGAGUGGUCUAUCCUUCUGAUUGAUAAUUCAAACCGCAGUGGGUCAAUGGAGUUUGUUGUUCCCCAAGCAGACUCAUCAGCAUUCUUUCCCAUUUCAGUCCGUUUUAUGGCAACCGACACAUUUAGUGACCUGAAGGUUGCUAACAUCAUACCACUUAAGGGGGGCAAUCAACCCAAAUAUGCUCAGAGAACGCAGUUGAUCACAGAAAACUACCAAGUUGUGUGAUUAGCUUCGAUAACAGUUUUGCUUUUAUGAUUGUGAUUGUUGUAUGAAAGGCCGUUUUAAGUUACUUUAUUCGUUACUAUUCUUGACUUCAUACUUCAGUUUUAUUUCUUAAGACCAGGCAAUAUGUAUGAAUUAUCUCAAUUAAUCCCAAACUUUAGUGUCUGUUUACUCUA